AUGGCAAUCCACUACUUGAUUUUGCUGUCCCGGCAGGGCAAAGUGCGCCUUGCUAAAUGGUUCACCACGCUCUCGCCCAAGGAGAAGGCCAAGAUCAUCAAGGAUGUGACCCAGCUGGUUCUGUCUCGUCGCACCCGCAUGUGCAACUUCCUCGAGUAUAAAGAUACCAAGGUCGUCUACCGUCGCUAUGCCUCCCUUUUCUUCAUCGCCGGAUGCGCCUCCACCGACAACGAGUUGAUCACCCUCGAGGUCGUGCACCGCUACGUCGAACAGAUGGACAAGUACUACGGCAACGUGUGCGAGCUGGACAUUAUCUUCAACUUUCAGAAGGCAUACUUUAUCUUGGAUGAACUCUUGCUGGCAGGAGAAAUGCAGGAAAGUAGCAAGAAGAAUGUGCUGAGAUGCAUCAGUCAACAGGACAGUCUGGAAGAUAUGGAGGUGAGUUGA